ACUUAACCUCAAACAAUGACAUACACACAGAGCACUCAACUCAUCCCAAGAAAAGUAGUGACUGAUUCAUAAAAUGGAGAAGAAGAACGUUGUGGUUGUGGCGGUGUCCUCUGUCGUUGCCAUCUUCGGCAUCUUAUCUGCUGCUUUAGCUUUCGGUGCUGAGGUUACCAGGGUCAAGGCUUCCGAAGUUCCGAUGAUUAGUGCUGAAUACUGCAUAUAUCUCCGGGAUCGAAGUAGUCCGGCUUCGGGUCUUGCUGUAGGUGCAGUGGUGGCUCUUGUGAUAGCACAGAUAAUAUUGAAUGCUGCAAACGGGUGUUGGUGUUGUUGUUGCAGAAAAUCUCCUCAUGCCAAGCGGAGCUGUGUACUUGUCUGCAGUAUUUUGUCAUGGGUCACAUUUGUUGUUGCAAUCCUCCUUUUGGUGAUGGGUGCUAUCUUUAAUAAUGUACAUAAGGAGAGCGGAUACAGCGAUAAUUACUCGUGCGUUGUUGUUAAACCCGGAGUAUUUGCGGCGGGUGGAAUCUUAUCCCUCGCAAGCAUUGUAACUGGGAUCACCUAUUACCUUCUCUUGGCAGCAGGAAGUGCCAGCAGCACUUCGGCCGAUAACUUGUGGUUAGUAAACCACAAGUUAUCGCCACGGCAUAACCACAAUAUGAAAUGGGGGCUAGCUUCUCGUUUGGAAUGAGCAUACAAAAAGAAAAUGGACAAGAAAGGCGAUAUACGUGGUUCGUCACUAGUGUGCGUGACUACAUCCACGGG